AUGAGUGAUUGUAGACAGCAGGAUAGCCCAAGCCGUGGGUGUAACGUUAUGAGUGAUUGUAGACAGCAGGAUAGCCCAAGCCGUGGGUGUAACGUUAUGAGUGAUUGUAGACAGCAGGAUAGCCCAAGCCGUGGGUGUAACGUUAUGAGUGAUUGUAGACAGCAGGAUAGCCCAAGCCGUGGGUGUAACGUUAUGAGUGAUUGUAGACAGCAGGAUAGCCCAAGCCGUGGGUGUAACGUUAUGAGUGAUUGUAGACAGCAGGAUAGCCCAAGCCGUGGGUGUAACGUUAUGAGUGAUUGUAGACAGCAGGAUAGCCCAAGCCGUGGGUGUAACGUUAUGAGUGAUUGUAGACAGCAGGAUAGCCCAAGCCGUGGGUGUAACGUUAUGAGUGAUUGUAGACAGCAGGAUAGCCCAAGCCGUGGGUGUAACGUUAUGAGUGAUUGUAGACAGCAGGAUAGCCCAAGCCGUGGGUGUAACGUUAUGAGUGAUUGUAGACAGCAGGAUAGCCCAAGCCGUGGGUGUAACGUUAUGAGUGAUUGUAGACAGCAGGAUAGCCCAAGCCGUGGGUGUAACGUUAUGAGUGAUUGUAGACAGCAGGAUAGCCCAAGCCGUGGGUGUAACGUUAUGAGUGAUUGUAGACAGCAGGAUAGCCCAAGCCGUGGGUGUAACGUUAUGAGUGAUUGUAGACAGCAGGAUAGCCCAAGCCGUGGGUGUAACGUUAUGAGUGAUUGUAGACAGCAGGAUAGCCCAAGCCGUGGGUGUAACGUUAUGAGUGAUUGUAGACAGCAGGAUAGCCCAAGCCGUGGGUGUAACGUUAUGAGUGAUUGUAGACAGCAGGAUAGCCCAAGCCGUGGGUGUAACGUUAUGAGUGAUUGUAGACAGCAGGAUAGCCCAAGCCGUGGGUGUAACGUUAUGAGUGAUUGUAGACAGCAGGAUAGCCCAAGCCGUGGGUGUAACGUUAUGAGUGAUUGUAGACAGCAGGAUAGCCCAAGCCGUGGGUGUAACGUUAUGAGUGAUUGUAGACAGCAGGAUAGCCCAAGCCGUGGGUGUAACGUUAUGAGUGAUUGUAGACAGCAGGAUAGCCCAAGCCGUGGGUGUAACGUUAUGAGUGAUUGUAGACAGCAGGAUAGCCCAAGCCGUGGGUGUAACGUUAUGAGUGAUUGUAGACAGCAGGAUAGCCCAAGCCGUGGGUGUAACGUUAUGAGUGAUUGUAGACAGCAGGAUAGCCCAAGCCGUGGGUGUAACGUUAUGAGUGAUUGUAGACAGCAGGAUAGCCCAAGCCGUGGGUGUAACGUUAUGAGUGAUUGUAGACAGCAGGAUAGCCCAAGCCGUGGGUGUAACGUUAUGAGUGAUUGUAGACAGCAGGAUAGCCCAAGCCGUGGGUGUAACGUUAUGAGUGAUUGUAGACAGCAGGAUAGCCCAAGCCGUGGGUGUAACGUUAUGAGUGAUUGUAGACAGCAGGAUAGCCCAAGCCGUGGGUGUAACGUUAUGAGUGAUUGUAGACAGCAGGAUAGCCCAAGCCGUGGGUGUAACGUUAUGAGUGAUUGUAGACAGCAGGAUAGCCCAAGCCGUGGGUGUAACGUUAUGAGUGAUUGUAGACAGCAGGAUAGCCCAAGCCGUGGGUGUAACGUUAUGAGUGAUUGUAGACAGCAGGAUAGCCCAAGCCGUGGGUGUAACGUUAUGAGUGAUUGUAGACAGCAGGAUAGCCCAAGCCGUGGGUGUAACGUUAUGAGUGAUUGUAGACAGCAGGAUAGCCCAAGCCGUGGGUGUAACGUUAUGAGUGAUUGUAGACAGCAGGAUAGCCCAAGCCGUGGGUGUAACGUUAUGAGUGAUUGUAGAUAG